AGAUUGAGGGAGUUCCUAAUGCCAAGAAAAAGAAGUACCCAGGGUAUAAGGAUUUCUUUUAUGGGUCCCAUGAUACCUCUUUCUUGAGUCCUGAAAACAUAGUACCCUACACUGAUGGAAACCUAUGUAUACAUGGAGUACCACAUUUAAGAAACAAAUGCUUCAAUGCAGCUCUUUUAGAGAUUGUGCCAAAUGACACUGAGUGUGAGAUCAAGGAUGUCAAACUUGGUGAGAUACAAGAGCCUGAACAGCCCAAUCAACAAUCACGGUUUCAUAAUCCUAGCGAAUCUGAAAUAUCAAAACUUGAAGACAGUCGACAUGAAACUACAACAAAAACGCAAACCAAAUGGGCCAUAAAAAUUGUAACAGAAUGGUGUACAGAACAGUUGAAGAUGACUUUAGAUGAUAUGAUUUCCUCGGAAUCAUUUCCUGAACACCUCAGAGAGUCCUACGCUUCAGUUCAACAGAAAAAUGGUGACAAUUAUUCCAAGAGUGCCUUGAAUAGCAUUCGUGCAGGGAUCCAAAGAUAUUUGGACAAUAGGGGUAUUUCCAUGGAUUUAAGUGGGAACACUUUUUCUGCUGCGAAUAGAGUGUUGAAAGGGUUGAUAAAGGUGCUCAAAAGAGAAGGUAAAGAUACAGCAACACACAAAGAGGUUAUUGAUGAAGGGGACAUGACAUCGCUGAAGGAAUAUUUUGAAAGAUUUUGA